AUGGCAUCCGAUUUCGGGAAUCCUCUUAAGAAAUUUAAAUUGGUCUUUCUUGGCGAACAAAGCGUUGGAAAAACGUCACUGAUAACACGUUUCAUGUAUGACAGUUUCGAUAACACAUAUCAAGCAACGAUAGGUAUUGAUUUUCUGAGUAAAACGAUGUAUUUGGAAGACAGAACCGUGCGUUUGCAGUUGUGGGAUACAGCAGGGCAAGAGCGGUUCCGGUCAUUGAUUCCGUCCUAUAUUCGAGACUCAACGGUGGCUGUCGUUGUUUAUGAUAUCACGAGUAAGUACCGAUUAUUUUCAUUCAGAUUCUAA